AUGGCUGCAAUAAAACGAAUCCAAGUGGUUCUAGUCAUAAUGGCUGUACUACUUAUGGAAGACAAUACAAUCACACCUCCGGCAGAACCAAAGGAGUGCGACGACUACUUCGACCUUACAGUGUCUUAUUGGAGAAAUACUAGUAACGAAGCGAUCAUACCAAUACUUCCCGCUUCAAUAUGUAACGCAACCCUGGGGGGACAAAGAUGGUACAAUUAUAGUAAUUUUACUGGGAUUUUCGUAAUGGAUAAGGGAAUUCGUAUUGCUGAUUCAACAGAAGGACAAAAGACAUCCUGCCCAAAUGAACUAGGACAUUUGAAGGACAAAAGUAAGUCCAAGGACGAAUCAAAAUUAGUCUGUUUCGCAGAGUAUGUUUCAGGCCCAUAUGGAGAGAUCUUUUUCCAACGUUUGCCAAAGGUGACAUAUUGCGGUUCAUUCUACGUCUACCAAUUACCGAAGUUUGAAUGUAUCAGUAUAAAAAACACUGGCGUACCACAUACAACGAUAUCAAAUACAAAGACGCAACCUACAAAUAUAGGCACAACAAAAGGUAAGUUCUUGGUAUAUGCAACUGUGCGGGAUCAGGAGUUGUUGUUUGCAAAAAAAGAUUGGCAAGAAUGACGACAGAGCAUUGUCGUUAGCAAAAUACAAAAUUAUUGAAGUAUUUUCCUUGUUUUAAAAGAUUAUAUAAACUUACACGUUUGUUUAGAUCCGAUUCCUAUUUUAACGUUGCAGGCCCGACCACCACGAAAAGCAUUGCUGACGUGUUUGAGAAAAUAAAGGAACAGGUAAGAGAGAAAGCUCACAAUCUUUAAUUAAACCCCAGGAGCUGGUUGUACGAACGCCGGUUAUAGCUUCCAGUUUAUAAAUUUAAAUGUUUUUUUAGAAUGUUUGCUUGGACAAAAUUUUAAAAUAAACACUCUCAAGGGUUAAAUUUUAUAAACCACGGUUAACUGUAAUCCAGCUUUGACCAACCGGCCCCUGGUCUGGAUCACCUAGCAACAAAUACGAGCAACAAAAAAGUUGUUCCGACUUGCGCCAAACAACUGUUCUAAACGGAUGCUAUUGAGAAAUAACUAUACGACUCGUUUAAACAGUCAAUUCGCAAAAAGCUGCGGCUUAUUUAGGCUUAUACCUUUCAACUCUGGGCUUAUUUUAGCUGCAAAUGGCAAAAUUCAAAUUAUUUUAACAAAUUAAUCUAAAUUGAAUAUUCGGUGCUAAUUAGACUUUUAUUAUAUAAUGAGCUGUAUUGUCUAUUGAGCAUGCACGUUUGCAUAACUUUUUCAAGCAGUUUCACACCGACUAAAUCACAUCGCUGCAACAUAUGACAUUGCAUUGUCUUUAAAAUUAAGCAAAAUCUGCAAAACAAGAAAAUCCAAAUUUGAUAUCAGUUCUCAGUGUAGGUAUUGGCAAUGUACCGAACUAUCUUCGCGCGUGACGAAGGGCCUUUGCUCGAAACGUCGAAGUCCUAUUCACAUUUUUCAGGUAUAUAGUUGUAUUUUCUAAAUUCUAUAACGAUUGCUUCUUCAGUUUAUAACAUACCUUUCAGGCAAAUGAGCUUGAGAAUAAAACAGGUAAAGACCAACAAAAAGCUGCACAAAAAAUCAUCAACCAAUUGUCAAAUAAAACAGAUAAGGAUGUCAAACAAUCAGAAACCGAAAUAAAGCGGCAGCAAGUUCUUAAUGAUACAGUCAGUAUACUUCAAAAGAUCGUCAAUUUAAAUAUUCCUGAUAGCGAUCUCGACAUACUGGGCCCAGCAAGCAACAUACUGGAUAGUAGAAAUACAAAAUCGUGGACAAACAUGAAGGUGAGUUAGUGAUAGAAAUAAAACUGGUUUGUAAAGAAGCUCAUCCUCUACUUUCAACUAUUUAUCGUCAUGCUAUUAUAUGUCUCCAUGCUAUCUUGACUGGGUAUUUUUCUACACUCAAUCCUGGAUAUCCUCUUCUCUUAUUUUUAGUAUGUUCACGUCUCUUUCCACAUCUUUCCAUCUCAUCAUCUGUCUUCCAAUUGUUCGUAAUCAUUGUACUGGAUUUCAGCAUGCUAUCUUCACUGGAUUGUCGUAUCAUUAUAUACCCAAACCAUUCUCGCUUCUCUUCUCUUCUCUUCUCUGAUAUGGCAAAUGUCAUCAUUUCCGUCUCUUAUAUAGAUAUUCCAAGCGCCAACAUCGAAAUUCGCAUUUCUCCUCUACCCAGCUGCUUCUGUGUUUCUUGAAACCUAUGUCUGUGUGAAAUUACAACGUCACUAUUAUUGUGAUGUGUAUUUUCCCAUUUUCCUUGUAAUUUUCUUUCCUAUCCUAUUAUUUCCUUCCUAGGACGACAAAUUGAUUCGUAAUCUUGUAAUUACCUUGGAAAAUUAUGGAUUCCAAUAUGGAGAAAUGCAGAAAAAUAACUCAGAUGUACCGGAACCAAUUAAAAACCAUACAAAUGUACAGCUACAUGUCAAAUAUAUAAAGCAAGGAGAAACCAUAGAAGAUACGUCAUUCAAAUUUCAGGAUGCAUCAUUCAACCUCUCGAGCAGUGCGUUACAGCGCAAAUCUGGCGUUAUAGUCGUUGUCUUGUGGUAUAAAACAAUAAAUUCCUUUCUAACAAACAGUUUUCAUGAUAAUCAGAGCUACGCAAGACUAAAUAGCAAGAUCAUCACAGCAAGUGUUCGAUCCGCUGAACCAAAAAAUUUCACUGUUCGCAUCAACUGGAACAUAAAAGAACUGGUAAUUCAAGUCUACUUUGUUUUUGACUGAAAGUGAAUGAAAAUAAUAGAAGUGAAUAGAAUAGAGCAGAAUAUAAUACGAAGGUAGUAUAUUAAACGAUAGAAUAUUAGAAUACAAUAGAAAACAAUGGAAUACAAUAGAAUACAAAAGAAUAGAAAAGCAUAUAAUCAACACAACACAACGCAACGCAACGCAACGCAACGCAACGCAACAUAUGAAUUCUUUCUUUUCAGAACGACUCCGCAACAUGUGUUUAUUGGAAACCAAAAUCAAAUGAAAGUAUAAUGUGGAAAACAGAUGGAUGUAAAAGAGUGAAAGACAAGUCAGACAGUGACAGCUUGAUAUGUGAAUGUGACCAUCUUACAGCCUUCGCUGUUAUGGAUAUUUCUAGAGAUAUGGUAAGAUUUUAAGCUCACAAAAAUCGAUGCUCAAAUUCUACCUGCCCUUUCGAGUUUUGAUUUUCAAAGGGUUUUUAGAUUUUUAUCCAUAUGAUUGUUUGUGGUAAACAUCAAGAUCACCAAAAAAUAUUUUAAAAGCAAUUUGAAAUGGUUUCUACCCGUUUUUCCGGCAGUUCAGAUACAAACCAGGACAGCUUAUUGUACAAUACUGCCUCACUGGACUUCUGCGUUUGAAAUUUUUUCAAGAAGUCCAGACACAAACUACGACAGCUCAAUGAAGAAUGCUACCUACACUGGACCAACACGUUUGAUAUAACCUUCCCAGGUGGUUCAGACACAAACCACAGCAGCUUAUAUUGCAGAAUACUACCAACAACAGGACCCCACUUUUUAUAAUGUCGUCAUAAAAGGUUCAUAAAAGGGUAAAAGGCUUGGGGCUACGAUACAAGUGUUGUCCACCUCUUCCUUGCUUCUGCCUGCGGUCUCCAAUUGUUACAGGUCUACUCUAAACUUGAUUUCUUUCACCAAGGUAAGCGAAGCUGAUAGGCGAGCAUUGGAGAUGAUAUCAACUAUUGGGUGCUCUCUGUCAUUGUUUGGGAUAUGUCUGACCAUACUCAUACACGUCUUGUUGUGGAGAAGACUUCAACAAAAUGCCAAGAGUAAAGUACCUUCCCACGUUCUCAUGCAUCUCUGUGUAGCCAUUGGAAUGACGGAUAUCCUCUCUAUCCUGGCAGGACCCGCACAUAAUGAUGAGGUAAAACCAGUGGGUAAAACCCAGGACACAUUAGGAAACAAGGGAACAAUAUAGGAUGAUGGACCAACAUGUUUGCCUUAUUUUAACGAGCCUUUAGACAGAAGAACUACACGUAGCAGUCAAAUAUUUGCAACUCAUUAUUCUAAACAUACUUGGAAACAAUCCUACUUUGCAAACAACUCUAGUUCUCGACUAUUUAUGCUAUAAUAAUAUAAUUUCAUUUCACAUUUUCGUGAGGCAUUAUUAGGGUCAAGCACGUAUAUUGGUACAAUAUCAUAACGACCAGAUGAGCUACGGAAACCAGAACUAUCAUUGCAGAGCUUUAAAUCACGUGUUAUAAACUAUUACCACUCCGCAACAUUAACCGUGUUUGAGCAGGAAAUUCCGCAGACGUGGAAAUCAGUUUGUCUGAAAUGUCAUAAAGCCAGGCAGCUUGCUGCAACAAUGAAAUGUUGUUCUUAAUUGAACUAGUUAUUUUGGCAAUUAUUCAAUGUAGUAUACUUCAUUUUAUCCGAUGUAGAGUUGGUUUUUUCGCCAUUUUCGUUUUAUUUUAUCGACGGAUACAGAACCUAUAUAUAUAUUCUCGCAUUUAUUCUGUUUGACAAUUUUGUCAUUUUGUUUCCCCAAAUUUCGAAAUUUUUACGCUCUCUCUCUACUUCGGAUGAAAAGGAUUAUACUAUAUUCUUGUUUGAUAUUUAAAUUAUAAGUUGUGAAUUUUUGUAUAAUGAUGUUUUGUAACAGGUCACUAACGUAAUUGGCUCACGCUGUGUUAGUGUUCCUGAACCGUCUUCCUGUUUGUACAUGUAUAUUUCUGUUGACGGCUGAAGUUAAUAAAUAAAAUAAAUAAAUAAAUAACGCCAUCUAAAAUUUCCUUUCUAGACAUUCUGUACAACCGUGUCCAUAUUAUUAUAUUUCUUUGUACUUGCCGUGUUUGGAUGGAUGUUGUGUGAAGGAAUCAUCAUCUAUUUUCAGCUUGUGGACGUUUACACGGGAUUAGGUUUAGGAGGAAGACAUCUAAAGGUGUUCUAUGUGAUUGGCUGGGGUAAGUUGUAUUAGCGGGAUACUCUAUACUGUGAUUAGGGACCGUUAAUCAGAAUUACUGUGUGCAUCUCGAACGUGUGCAUUUUAACAAAUGCUGUUAUCACCUGUUCUACUUUAGGUAUUCCAGUUAUGGUUGUGACGAUAUUGGUUGUACUCCAUGAUCGAAAAGAUUUUAUAACCAAACACGCAUGUUGGUGCCGCGGUGAUGGUGCCUUGUUCGUGACGUUUGUUGCUACCAUUGGUCUAAUCUUGCUGGUAAGCCUAGUCUUCCAACGCGUAUCAUAAAUAUGCUCAUGACAGUGCCAAGUAGCAAUACACGGGACAACAUUAGAAAUUGCAAUCUUCAUUGAACUAACGUUGUCCGCAGAAGUCAGGGAGCCAUAUGGAGUGACGUUACCUCCAUAGUUUACGUGACUAACUCGUGGCGUCCAAACGUCGUUACAUUCCAAAUAUCACGUGCAUGGAAGCAGUGGAGCUUGCUAUCUUAACCAUGGAGUUAUAGUUAUCUAAGCCUGCAAUUACUAGCUGUGCCAGAAUGUAGCUGCAUUGCGAGAUCAGCUGUCUCCACGAACAUAAAAUCCAAGCUGUUAGAAUAUUAUACAUGGUGAACGUUGCCCAUCUAAAUUCGGCAAUUCGUACAGGCAAUACUGCAUUGAGGCACAUAGGGAAUAAAAUAGCGACACAUGACGCAAACUCCGUUCAAAUCGCACCAGCUUCAUGAAACCACAACAGCAACAUCUUAAAAGAGAUAUCAGACAUAGCAACUUUUCGAAACUGCAACAUCAAAAUAACAGUUUAUACUAAGCGAAACACAUACCCUGCACUAAAGCAUGCUUCAUUCCAAUUUCCAAAACCUGCAGAGAGUCUUCAACGAUGUAUAGCAAAAUAUUUAUUGUACUGUUUUCACUUUCAGAUCAACUUAGCUAUCUUCAUCAUGGCUUUACAAAGUACUCUAUCUUCCAGUAAAGUUGGCGCGACUCGUGCAGUAAGGCCAACAACAAAAGUAGAUACUGCAACAACUAUGAUAACUGUUGGAACAUUGAGAAAAGCAAAACUCGGUCUCAAAGCGUCAGCCAUACUACUUCCAUUACUUGGACUAACGUGGGUUUUUGGACUGCUGGUUUUCAAUCGAGAUACGAUUGUGUUUAAAUAUCUCUUCACCAUUUGUAAUUCUCUACAAGGAAUGAUGAUAUUUGUUUUCCAUGUUCUUAUAAAUAAAAAGGUAGGUUUGGUCUUAGGGAACGGCUUCGUGUGCUUCCUAAUAAAGUGUUGUUUUUAAAGGUAGUUCGGACAAACUAUAGCAAAUAAUUGUAGAAUUUUUAGCAACACCGCUGUAACAGCUGUCUUCGUUUUUCAUCUUCAAGGUCCAUGACGCAAUCAGCAAAGAAAACAAAACUCGCAAAGCCAGAUACAUUGACAACAAUGCGAUUAGCAGUCCAGUAGUCCAGUCACGCCUUUCCAGUGAAAAGCAAAUUACAUCGUGGUGA